AUGGAAUUCAAUGAUUUAGCGGAUCCAUACAAUGCUUUUAUUGAUGGAAAAAAUGAAACUAGGUCAAGUGAUGUAUUAAAUGAUGAGUAUCUUAUUGAUAGUGAAAAUACCGUAAAUGCAGUGGGUCAUGAUGUUAAUAGAGAUGAUGGUGAUGACUGGAAUAAUUCAGAAAGAGAAGAUGGUGAUAAGGAACAAGCUGUGGAUUUGAGUUUAGAUGGGGAAGAGAAUCUCCCAGUAAUUAUUACCAAUGUUAAUGACUUGAAACCUACUAUUGGCAUGGUAUUUUCGACUGAUGAUGAGGCAUAUCAACAUUAUAACAGUUAUGCCAAGGAGAUAGGGUUUUCUAUUCGGAAAUACAGGGUGGAUCGGUCAAAAUUAGAUAAACACGUAGUUGCAAGAUACUAUGUCUGUUCAAAUCAGGGUGAGAAAAUAAAAGACAAACGGAGAAAGGUGGAUUACCAGCAACAUGUGACAAAGAAAACUCACUGUGGGGCUUUAUUGAUGAUCAAGAGUAGUAAUGGGGUGUGGGUGGUGGAUAAAUUUGAAAAGGAACACAACCAUAUAUUGGUGAAUAGGAAUGAGUCUUUCAGACUUAGAUCACAUCAGAAAAGGCAUAAAAGUACAGUUGACCUUGUACAACGACUGCAUAAGUGUGGCAUAAGACAAGCACAUAUAAUGAGAGUUGUAAAAGAUUUUGCUGGUGGUGAGAAGUUUGCUGGUAUUAAUGAUGAAUUUAGUAUGACUAUACUUUGGGCAAAUUGA